AUGGGUUUGCUGUCUACUGAAGGAGAUGAAGUUGUUUUAUAUAUAAAAGAUGCGCUUAUGCGCAUAGAUGUGGCAACAAAAACGGUGAGACAGAUUGAGAUUCCAUUCUCUGUAUCUUUUUUGUGUGGAAAGUAUCUGACUGAUAGAGAGAAGAAUUUUUAUGCUCUAGAUAAUAUGGAAUUGAGAAAGAUUGCGAAGUUGAAGCGAAAUAUAUUCUGUCUGCAGGAGAAAGAUGAAGCGGUUUAUGUAGCAGAUAGGUUUGGAGAUGUGUAUAGGAUUGAAAAUGGCACGUGCAGUUAUUUCCUUGGAAUAAUUUCUUAUAUGACUGGAAUGACAAUACACAACCAGAACAUUCUACUGAGUGACAAAUACGGUAGGAUACGUGUUAGUGAACUUGAUGGAAAAAUAAUGAAGUAUGUAUUUUUACAUGAGCCGAUAGAAUCGUUGAUAUGUAUCGAUCAUAGUGUGAUAUCAGUUAGUAAAUGCCGUGUUGUGCUGCUUAAUGAAACUUAUGCUGUGAAGGACGAGUUUGUAUUUUCAAAAGAGCAGAGCAUUGUAAAGUGUUUAUGCAAGGGAAAUGAUGAGCUUGUAGUUAUUACAAAUGAUUCAUAUCAUGUGUUUAGAAUAAGUAAUAGAAUUGAUCAUAUUUUUAGUGCAGAUGAAACAAUUGUUGAUGCAACCUGUGUUGGGUCUGUACUUUACAAGAUUCAAAAUCUCAAAGUGAUUGAUACAGAUGGAAAUGUGGUUUAUGAAUGA